CACCGCGGCGCGUCGCCCGUAAUCAAAUAAUAAGAAAAUUAACAACCCAAAAAUAUUAGUACACUAAUAAAGAUCGGUCGUUGGGUUACAGAAUGAGACUUCCAUCUUGGGAAAGUUUGAUUUUUCGUUUCAGAACCGGGAUCUUCCGCUCCAAGUUCCCCUGAAACGUGAAAACCUGAUUCCCGAAAGAGAAAGUUCAAACCUUUUAGCAUUUGAGUUUUGGUUACAGCACCCGCCGAUACCUCUUCGCUUCCCAAGCUCCGUGAUUCCCCAAUGGAGGCAUCAACUGCUACUACUGUUACAACUAGCGCCCGAGCGCAGCCCUUUGGCCAGACCGAGAUCAAUUGGGACAAGCUCGACAAGACUAAGUUUUAUGUGGUGGGAGCUGGGAUUUUCACUGGGGUUACAGUAGCAUUGUAUCCUAUGUCUGUUAUCAAGACCAGGCUCCAGGUUGCUACAAAGGAUACGGUUGAGAAGAAUGCAUUUUCUGUCAUCAGAGGGUUACUGAAGUCAGAAGGUAUACCUGGUCUAUACCGAGGGUUUGGCACCGUGAUUACUGGGGCAAUCCCUGCUAGGAUUAUCUUUCUCACAGCUUUAGAGACUACAAAAGUGGCUGCUUUCAAAAUGAUCGAACCGUUCAAUUUAUCUGAAGCUCCGCAAGCAGCUGUAGCAAAUGGGAUUGCUGGCAUGACCUCGUCUCUGUUCUCCCAGGCCGUGUUUGUUCCAAUUGAUGUGGUCAGUCAAAAGUUGAUGGUGCAAGGAUAUUCUGGUCAUGAGAGCUAUAAGGGGGGUAUUGAUGUUGUUCGUAAGAUUGUUCGGAGUGAUGGAAUCCGAGGAUUAUAUAGGGGAUUUGGUCUUUCAGUCAUGACAUAUUCCCCAUCCAGUGCUGUAUGGUGGGCAAGCUAUGGUUCAAGCCAACGCAUUAUAUGGAGGUUUCUAGGUUAUGGAACUGAUGCUGAGCCAGCAGCCCCUAGUGACUCGAAGAUAGUCGCCGUUCAAGCUAGUGGAGGUAUUAUUGCAGGAGCUACUGCUUCCUGCAUCACAACCCCUUUGGACACUAUAAAGACACGUUUGCAGGUAAUGGGGCAUGAAAGGAAAAGUACUGCUAGACAGGUGGUCAAAACCUUGGUAAAGGAUGAUGGUUGGACUGGUUUAUACAAAGGGUUGGGCCCAAGAUUUGUCAGCAUGUCAGCAUGGGGAACCUCCAUGAUACUAGCAUAUGAAUAUUUGAGUAUGUACUCUUGCUCCUACUCAAUCUCUAGAAACGCUUGUGUGCAAAAGACGAAUAAACAGAAAGACUCUGGACAUCACAGUGGCCAACAACAUCUUGCUGAGGGAACGACGGGAAUUUUCGCCCCUGUUCAGGAAUUACCUACUAUUCCUUAGGAUGCCUCUUUCGACAAACUCGCAGGAGAAUGUUUUCUUUUUGUUGUCGGCUGAGACUGCCAUGGCCAAAGCAUCUCUUAUACGAGGAGAUUUUUUUGAUCAGUUGCAGAUUUUUUUGAAAGCCACAUGGAUCCAAUCUACCAUUCUUUGAUUACAUAGAAGAGACCUUUCAUUAUUAUGCUCCCUUGAGGGCAAAUUAUUAACGUGAUUAUAAAUUGUAACCCUUGUAUUUUUUUCCUUUUCCCCUUACCAUAAACUGUAUGUUUGUAGGAGAACUUCGACUUCCUCUGAUGAUUAGUCAUGUACUAUUGAUCAUUCAUAUUAGUAAUAACAGGACAAGAAACAAGUUGAUCUCUUCAUCAGAGAAUUCCAUUUUGCACUGAAAACUUGUGCGACUCCUAUUUAUCGAAAGAUUGUAUGUAUGCAUCUUCUGC